AUGCUACCAUCCAUCUGUCUCAUUACAUUGACCUUCUCGGUGGUCCAAUCAACUUCCUACUCGGCUUCCAUUGUACCUCAUUCUCUAUCUGGUAGAGCGACUAGGUUACCCACACUACGGUAUAAUACCCCUCACACAAGAUCCCUCCCCUAUCUGUCAUCUUUGACUGCCUUGAAAGGUGGAGCAGUAUCCGAUAGCAAUACCGAUGAUGGCGACGACGAAGAAGCGCAACAAUCCUCAUUCUCUGAAACGACUAACGAGGAACCUGCAGUAGUACCGCCCCCACCAACUCCACCCUCCGAACAAAUCUCGGAGGAUCCAACCCCACCACCACAACAACCUGCCACUGAUACUGCUGUAGAGAUGGCUCCCAUUAUCACAAGACCUCCCGGUUGGAUACGACGAACAUUUCCCAAUUUCCCCUAUCACCGAUUACCCGACUACCUCACAUUGGCGCGAUGCGCCGCCAUUCCACUCUUGUGUGUGGCAUUUUACUCACCGGCGCGUCACAUUGAAACGGGCGUCAUUUUUGCCUUGGCGAGUUUUACCGAUUGGUUGGAUGGAUUCUUGGCACGACGGUGGAAUGUCAGUACGGCCUUUGGAGCCUUUUUGGAUCCCGUCGCCGACAAACUCAUGGUCAGCACGGCAUUGGUAUUGUUGUCGGGGCGUCAUGGAGCCAUUGUGGCACUCCCCGCCGCUGUCGUGCUGGCACGGGAAUUGGCCGUUUCGGCCUUGCGAGAAUGGAUGGCGCAAUUGGGACACCGUGACACGGUGCAGGUUGGAUUCCAAGGCAAAGUCAAGACAGCCUUGACCAUGGUCUCCCUGACGCUCAUGCUGUUUGUACCCGAAAUUGGAGUCACCACCACUCAUAGUACGUGGUUGGGAAAUCUGUUUUUGCCCAGUUUGGCAUGUUUGUAUCUUUCGGCAGUGAUUACCGUCACGAGUGGGAGUGUGUAUUUUCGUGCAGCGGCACCGUUUUUGUUGCAAAAGUAA